CCAAAGAAGUUAUGAAUAUCAUCUGUCAUCUAAAGUUGCCGGGCAGGAACUGUAUUUUCUUUCAUUUGGCUUCUUUGACCAAGCAGAGGAAGUGCAAUAAUCUCUAUAGGCCUUACUCAGGAUAUUGCCGAACUCAAGUCAGUUGUACACGAGAUAGAUGCCAAAGGCUGGAUUUGAGUGGAAAUACUAGAAACUGGUUUUUGACCGGAAGCCCUGACUCCUAUAGAAACUUCAUCAGUAAUGGACUGAGAUGUCUUUUGAAUGUCCCCAAUGCAGAAGCAUACAAGAAUGCACACCACAGUUUGGGAAGGUUUUGCUUCCAGUCUUCUUGUCCAUUGGGGGAGAAGAUCACAUCCCUCCAGUUCAGUUCUUUAGGGCCACUCCCACGUCAUUUUUCUGCUUGGAACAUUCAGAUCAUCAGGUCUUUUCACACAUCACCGUCAUUUCAGGCCGCACCAGUUCCUCUUUUCUGGAUUAUUGUUAAGCCGGCUCAGAAAUUAUUUGCUAUCAUUCUUGGCAGGAGUAUAAGAAAUUGGUGGAAGGCACUUCCUCCUAAUAAACGGGAACUUUUUAAAGAAAGUGCAAGAAAAAAUAAAUGGAAGAUACUCCUGGGUGUCAGUAGCUUAGGAGUUUUAUUUGUCGUGUUUUAUUUUACUCACUUGGAGGAGACACCCAUCACUGGGCGUACUCGGCUGUUGGUGUUUGGAAAAGAGCAUUUUAGGGAACUGUCAGAGAUGGAAUAUGAUAUGUGGAUGGAGGAAUUCAGAAGUAAAAUGUUACCUGAGACAGAUGCACGCUAUCAGGUUGUGGAGAGAGUUGUUCGUCAUUUAUCUGAAAGCAGUAAGGACAUCCCACAGGUCUCAGCACUCAAGUGGGUCAUCCAUGUGGUAGACGAACCAGGUGUAAAUGCUUUUGUGCUUCCAAAUGGCCAAGUGUUUGUUUACACUGGAUUGCUAAAUGCAGUUUCUGAUAUUCAUCAGCUGUCUUUCAUUUUGGGACACGAAAUAGCUCAUGCUGUGCUGGAGCAUGCAGCAGAGAAAGCCAGCCUGGUGCACUUCCUGGAUUUUCUAUCACUCAUCUUUCUCACUAUGAUUUGGGCCAUCUGUCCCCGUGAUAGUUUGGCAGUUGUUGGCCAGUGGAUUCAGAGCAAGUUGCAGGAGUUUAUGUUUGACAGACCGUACAGCAGAACAUUGGAGGCUGAAGCUGAUAAAGUGGGACUUCAGUUUGCAGCAAAGGCUUGUGUGGAUGUACGAGCAAGCAGUGUGUUUUGGCAACAAAUGGAAUUAGCAGAAACCAUUCAAGGGCAGCCCAAGUUACCAGAGUGGCUCUCCACACACCCUUCUCAUGAAAAUAGAGCUGAGCACUUAGACCGGCUUAUCCCAGAGGCUCUUAAAAUAAGAGAGAGCUGCAAUUGCCCAUCUCUUUCUGGACCAGAUCCUCGCCUCAUUUUCAAACUUAACAUGCAACAUCUCCUGGAAUCAUCUAAAGAUCAAGAAAUCCCAAAUUCUACAAAGCAAGAUCUCUCAAAACCAAAACUGGAUUUUCCUCACACUCAGAAAGUGGAAGAUAUGCCAGUAACUUUUGCAGUUAAACCUACAAACCAAUGAUAAUAAUUUUCACUUUUUAUGCAACUUGUGGUCCCUGAAGGUCUGUCUUAUAACGCAAAUUUGUCUUUGAACCGUAAAGAAGAUGUAGCCACUUAUAUUCUAUGUUUCUUUUAUGUGACCUCUCACUCAAAGCAAUAAGGAACCAUGCCCACACAAGAAGAGCAGCGUGUUGGAGCAGAAAGUUUCUUAUUCAUCAAGAGUUACUAAAAUAAAUCACUUCUCAGGGGAAAGAUAAUCUCUUACAGUCCAGUCACACAGUGUAAUUUUCAGCUUUAUCAGGCUCACCUUGAUCAGAGGACAGAUGAGCCAGAAGCAUCCCUAAAGCAGAGGAAAAAGUACAGUUUUCAUCACUUAAGUUGUCUGGUUUAUCUUGCUGUAAUUUGGGUUAGAUCUACUCAGCUUCAUUUGAGGAAUAAUGAGGAGAGCUUACCGCCUGUUCCACAUAUAGUAUGCUUAAAAAUAUUAAGCUGAGAAGCGGUAAUAGCCUAUGGGCUAGAUACACCCCCACUUAAUUAGAUGGAUUUACUGCUGGGAUUUUUCUUCUUUCUAAGACGUUUUAGAAUAUGGAUUGAUUCAACAUUUUUCUUCAAAGCACCCUGAAAGGGUUGCACGAAGUUCAAUUUAAAAAAAGGAGUUAAAUAAUUUUCAAGGAAGUCUUUCUUCUGAAAGAAACACUGUAUAAGAACAAUAGCUUGUAGCACUAGAAUGCUUUGCAAGGAUGGCUGGUUUUUUUUAAAUUAUUAGGGUGCCUCAUCAGAGGGCAGUUUUACUGCAAUGACAUUUGAUUUGGAUAUAUCUGUUUGGAUAGAAGUGAUUGCUGAUGUGGAAAUAUAUUACGUAGUAGACAAAUAAGGCAAGGUUUCUUGACUGCACAGCUUUUGCAGCUGUACCUUAUCGUAAAAGGGGACUUCUCUUCAGGAACCUGGCAUCUAAUGCUGAGCAUCGUCCCCUACUCCCAAUCCCCCUGAAGCCAUGCAUUUUAUACUGCGGAGACCAAUAUGCACAAUAUCGGUAAAGCUCUGCCUUUCAUGACGGGCUAGCCAGUAUAGCCAGCAUGUCAAUCUUAUUUGCACAUGUUUGAGUUAUCCUUGCAUUGCAGUUGAUGAAAAUAUUGAAAUGUCGCUCUUACAGGAAGAUGCAGAAAGAGGUGGCAGUGAAUGAAAAUAAAAAAGGGAAAUCCCGUUUCUUUAUCUGUUAAGAUGUAUUUGCUAUUAGUUUUUUUGUUACCCACUUGUAUUAAAGCAAAGAUCAGUUUCAUGUAUGGUAGGGUUUUACAUGAAGGGGACAUUCAAAAUGUUUUACAGUAUAUUGUAUUUUGAAACUUUAUUUUUAAUAUGUGGAGGGAGGCAGACUUUAUCAUAUUUCUUCAAUUAAAGCAGAAUGCCAGCUUUUAAAAAGGAAAAAAUAACCUAUUCAGUGCUGUCAGUGAAUAUAGUUGGAAAAAAGGUUGUGAAACAAGUAGUUCUUUUACCGACUUCAGUUGAACCAGGGUCAACUACCUACCUUAUUUCUAUUCAGAGGUAAGUUGAUCUAGCUGUAAUGUUGAUGAUGCUAGGUCUAUUAUAUAGGUCUAGAUUGGCGGCAUAUUGCUUACAAGCUGUUCUUAAAUCUCUGCUCAAUACUGCUGGCAAGAGGCAGAAGGUCCAGCCUGACCAUUAUUCAUCCAUCCAUUUUUAUUCUUAGUGACAGGAGGUUUUGUAACAGACAUUCAGUGAUGUGUGGAAGCAUUUGGACAUUGUCACCUGAAGGUAAACAGAAAAAUACACCAUUUAGAUUUCCCUGUGGACCUUAUAGUUUAUACUGCAACACCAAGACCCCAACACUGCUGCCUCUCUCGUGCUCCAGUGUCAAAGCUUGUUUUGUUAUCUAGGGCUCGUGGCUGACAUGCAACUUGAUGCUUGUGUCUGUUAGGACUAAGGAGAACACAGAAGAGUUUUUGUAUCAUUCAAGAUAAGUAUGAAACUACACAAAUGUCAUAUUUCUACUGUCUGUUUUAAGUGACUUAAGUAUUGCAGUGGAAUGCUGAAGAUGCAAUUUUUAAGUUCACCAAGGGAGAUUAUUUUUUUUUUUUUUUUAAUUUGUAUGUAAGUAGUCUUGUAACCAUGAUGAUGGUGAUGUGAGAGAAAAGGUUUCAAGGGAGAGGUAAGAGCUUAUGUUAGACCGACAAAGAGCUUAUGUACUUCUUCCAACUGUACUGGUCUAAUAAAACAUCUCUCUCUCCUUACAUGUGCAUACAUACACACAUAUAUAUAUAUAUAAAGCACACACACAAACACAAGAGUUAGAUCUCCACGCUAAAACACGAAAGUCCAAAAAUGGGAUGUUGAAAAUUUCAGGUUUUACUUUACAUCUUGAAUUAUCCCUAAUAUUUUUCUCAAGUGGUUUGGGAGGGGUUUCUUCUUUCUGCUCCUCUUGUGUCCAACACAAAAUGCCUUGUGCUCAUCUGCCUCUUCGAGGUCACUUUUUCCUUAUAUUCUUACUGAAUACUAUACAUUACAACUGUCUAUAUUGUUAAAGUAUUUUCUUUUUUCUUUCUUGAACAGGAAAACUACAAAAAAGUUGCUUUCCAAAGGUUUGGGAAGUCAGAGUAAAAAUUGCACUUUUUAAAUUAAAGAACAUACAAUCA